CGACAUCCCGUCACUGGCAGUCUGGCACUCGUCACGCUGAAAGGAGGCAGAAAGUCUGCGGCGUCCCUCGCUUUGGCACUGUUCUGUCCUGUUCCUGGCACUCCCCGGCAUCAUGGCCACCACCAGCCCCUCUACCAAGGCCCCGGCGGACUCCACGACGGCCCCGGCAGCCCCCACAGAGCAGGAAGUGAACACAAGGAGCACGGCCUUCAACCACUUCUCCCAGGGCAAGCGUCACCUGCUGGUUGGGGACUUCAAGUCAGCCGUCAGCGCCUUCAAGGAGGCGACAGUGGCCCUGGCUGAGCUGUAUGGGGAGCAGGCGCCCGAGUGUGGUGACGCCUACUACCACUACGGCCGUGCCUUGCUAGAGCUGGCUCGCAAGGAGGCCGGCGUGCUGGGUGGGGACCUGGACGGGGGCAGCAGCCAGGAAGGAAGCACAGGGGAGGAAGAGGAUGAUGAUGAGGAAGAAAGUGAGGAGUCCCAGGAAGAGGAGGAUGGAGAAAAGAAAGAGGAGGGAGGGGACAAUGAGGAGGAGGAGGAGGGAAAGGAGGAAGCUGCCGAUGGUAAAAAGAAGGCGAAGAAGGAAGGAGAAGGAGCUGAGGAAGGAGAGGGCGAGAACACAGAGGAGGAGGAGGAGGUGUCCACCCUGCAGUGUGCCUGGGAGUGGCUGGACGUGGCGCGGGUCAUCUUUGACAAACAGGACGAGACCCCAGAAAUAUCCAAGAAGCGAGCCCAGAUCCGCCUCAGCCUUGGAGAAGUUUGCAUGGAGAGUGAGGACUACGAGGGUGCCAUCAGUGAGUUCCAGAAGUGCCUUGCCAUCCAGGGGGAGGUGCUGGAGAAGGAUGACCGCUGCCUUGCCGAGACCCACUACCAGCUUGGGUUGGGCCACUGCUUCUCUGACAACUUUGACGACGCUGUGACGCACUUCAAGGCCGCCGUUGAGGUCAUCCAGCUCAAGAUCAAGAACCUGAAGGCACGCGUCGAGGAGAAGAACACCUGGAGCAAGGAACGGAAGGAGAAAGAGUUGGCGGAGAGCAAGGACGUCUUCUACACGGAGGAGGGUGAGAUCGAGGACCUUGAGCAGCUGUUGCCAGACAUCCAGCACAAGAUUGUGGACAUGGAGGAGAUGAAGGCAGCCUCUGCCGAGCGAUUCCAGCAGGUGGCGGCCAAGGCCUUGCUGCUGGGUCGUGGUGAGAUAGCAGGCUCGUCAGGCUCCUCGGGGACAUCAUCAUCAGCAGCAGCAACAUCAGCAGCAGCGUCAGCCUCAGCGUCAGCCUCGGCGUCAGUGUUCUCCCAGGCAAGGGACAGCGAGGAGGUGUCCCCAAGCAAGGCUUCUGAUGCCAAGCAACUGUCGACCCUCCAAGUGCGGCGUAAGCGGAAACCCGAGGAAGAGGAAGCGUCGGAAGAAAAGAAGAAACAGCGGCUGGAGAAUGGCGUCAAGAGUGAGGCUGAGGGUGAGGCCAACAAGCCCAGCACCAACACCAGCAACGCCACACCCGCCAAGCCCAUCGCCAUCAAGAGGAAGGUGGUGCAGAAUGGCAAGGACGCAAGUGAGUCUCCCUCCAAGCAGUCCGAGUCUUCCUCCAAAACAGAAUCUUCUUCAUCCGCCCCAUCCUUGCCGACUCCUCAGGAUGUCAAAUAAUAGUGGUCGUCGCUCCUAGGCCUCACAUUAUAUUUUUUAUAGUUUUGUUGUGAUAGUGGCAAUAUUUUUUUUUUUUUUUUUUUUUUUUCGUGUUUGUGUGUGAGUGUAUGCCUUCAGAGAGAUGGAAAACCAGUGAUUUUUUCCACAAAUCAGACUUUUCAUUUAGUUUUUAAGCAUAAAAUCUCCAGUGUGUGUGUGUGUUCCUGCUUGCAUCUGUGUGUAUGUGUACAUGUAUGUGUGUGUGUGUGCGUGUAUAUUUCAAUAGUGUAUGUCUUUGAUACCACUUGAGAAUCCACAGGAAUAAAAAAAAGUAUGUUGUGGAAAAUAUUGCUUCCAGUUAUGAAUGUUUUAUGCUAUGUUGGGAGGAAGGAACGGAGGAAGGGUUUUCUGAGCACUGGUGGUGUGGUGGUGGCAGGGGUGAAGCGGCCAGCAGUGUGCAGAAAGGCUAUCUGUGUGUGUGUGUGUGUUUUGUGCUGUGUUGGGAGGACAGAAAGGAGGAAGGGUUUUUUGAGCAUUGGUGUGGUGAUGGCAGGGGUGAGGCAGCCAGCAGUGUGUGGAAAGGCUACUGUGGGUGUGUGGGUGUGUGUGUUUUGUGCUGUGUUGGGAGGACAGAAAGGAGGAAGGAUUUUUUGAGCAUUGGUGUGGUGAUGGCAGGGGUGAGGCAGCCAGCAGUGUGUGGAAAGGCUACUGUGGGUGUGUGGGUGUGUGUGUUUUGUAUCUUCCAUCACCAGUGUUGUGUUGCGGCAGCCACCAUUGUCAGUGUUCUCAUGUAUUGCUGCUGCCAAUAUUGUAGUCAUUUGUUACCACCAGUGUUGCAGACAUCAGAGAGUACAAGUGCUCCCAUUAGUGCAAAUAUCAGUGAGCAUAAGUAUUGCCGGCAGCUGCCACCACUAAUUUAUAUGGGGUCUGCCACCGGUAAUGUUCAAGGGGGCUGCCACUACCAAUGUUUAAGGGACUGCCACCACUAAUGUUUAAGGAGGCUACCACCAAUAAUGUUCAAGGGGGCUGCCACCACUAAUAUUUAAGGGGGCUGCCACCACUAAUGUUUAAGGGGAGUGCCACCACUAAUGUUUAAGGGGAGUGCCACCACUAAUGUUUGAGGAGGCUGCCACCAAUAAUGUUUAAGGAGGCUACCACCAAUAAUGUUCAAGGGGGCUGCCACCACCAAUGUUUAAGGGGAGUGCCACCACUAAUGUUUAAGGAGGCUGCUACAAAUAAUGUUCAAGGGGGCUGCCACCACUAAUAUUUAAGGGGGCUGCCACCAACGUUUAAGGGGAGUGCCACCACUAAUGUUUAAGGAGGCUGCCACCAAUAAUGUUCAAGGGGGCUGCCAUCACUAAUAUUUAAGGGGGCUGCCACCACCAAUGUUUAAGGGGAGUGCCACCAGUAAUGUUUAAGGAGGCUGCCACCAAUAAUUUUCAAGGGGGCUGCCACCACUAAUAUUUAAGGGGAGUGCCACCACUAAUAUUUAAGGGGGCUGCCACCAAUAAUGUUCAGGGGGGCUGCCACCACUAAUAUUUAAGGGGGCUGCCACCACUAAUAUUUAAGGGGGCUGCCACCACCAAUGUUUAAGGGGAGUGCCACCAGUAAUGUUGCAGUCAGCCAUCACCAUCACACAUGACACAUCUGCCAGCCGUCGUCACUGUCAUCGUUUUUUGGCACCAACUUUUUACCGUUCGUGUUUUCAAGUUUUUUAAGAAUAAAUGUUCACAGCUC